AAAAACACACAAAAAUUUUAAAAUCUGACUAAUAUUGAAAGACGAUAAUUUUUGUACGUAUCCUAUCAACACAAAAUCAGGUUCAAAAGAAUAUUCUGCAGUGAUAAUUUGUUCGUUCAAGAAUACAGAAGGCACAAGUUCUUCAAAUUGUUUUUAAAUUAAAUUUAAUAAAAAAAAAUGGCAUUGCCGAGAGUUUGUUGUUGCUGCAUCGAUCUCGAAAUUGGAUGUUUUAUCUUGAGCGUUUUGUCAAUCGUGGGUCAUGCAUCGAUUUUUAUCGAUACGUAUUUGGGAUAUGAUCACAGUCCGGAGUCCUUGACGCCGCAUGAUGCUGAUCAAAUUCUCGAUGGAACAAUUAUUAUGUGGCGAAUAAUUGGAGUUUUAAUAAUUUUAACUCUCAUUUUGGGCGUCGCAAUGAGAAAUUUGGACCUUAUGAAGACUUAUUUCGUGAUUGGAGGAUUGGAAUUGUUUCCGUCAAUUGCAAGGAAUGUUUACGUUUUCUACAUUGAUCCGUUUUAUGGAAUUAAAUUGAUGGUUAUUAAUGCAAUCAGCAUCUAUUUAUGGAUAAUUGCUUACACAAUCUACCGAAACUUUAAAACGCAACAGAUCAAAUCGCAUGACAGACUGUUUGAAGUUGAUCCCGAAACGAUGCAUCUCCGCACGGAAAAUCAUCACAAAAUAAUUCGAGUCUAAAAUUUGCUGCUUAUCAUAUUGUUUACAAAUAUACGUUUUUUGUGCAUCGUGAUUUUGUAUUAAACUGUACAAAAAGGGUCAAUCAUCGUCAUUUACUCACUAUUAUCAUCGCACAGAGAGAUAGUUUCAACAUAAUUUCCAGAUUUUUGUGAUUAUUAUUAGUUUUAAACAGCAAGUUAUGGCAAGCAAGCGUGUUUUUUGUCGCGCAAAAUACGUUAAUAAAGUUAAGUUUAAACAAUUUUGAAGAAAUUUUGGAAUAAAAAAGUAUUAAUUUUGUCACGAAAAAUUUUGUCUUCAUUCGUUGCUGCACUUGAAACGUCGAUUUCGUCUCAUUUUCCGUAAAAAUGUCUGAAGAGGAUUUUCUUUUGGGAUCUGAUGAAGAAGAAGAAGCUCCGAGGCACUCACAGCAAAAUUUUCAACAUGGAUCAAAAACUUUGUCACUGUUCUUCGCGAGCCUUUGUGUCAUCGAUCUCUUCGGCGUAUUUCCCAUUGUCGCAUUGCCGAGAAGCAUUAUUCUGUGCGGUCUUUACGGCGUCCCUCUCGUUCUCUUCGUGAUAACGAUGCAAAUUUACACAGCUGUCAUUCUCGGGCGUUGUUGGGUAAUUGCUGAACGUCUCAAGCCUUCCAUCAACAACCAAAAUCGCUACCCAUAUGCUGCAAUAGCUGAACUAACUUUCGGCAAAAAGAUGAGUUAUCUCGUGACAAUUUUGCUCGAUGUCACUGUUUUUGGCGGCGGAAUCCCAAAUUUGCUCGUCGCUUCGCAAAAUUUGGAAUUACUUGGCUCUCGAAUCACACACGGCGCGUUUAAAUUUUCCUUCUGCUAUUGGUUGAUCAUCAUCGGAUGCUUGUUGUGUCCCCUUAUGUGGCUCGGAUCGCCGAAAAAUAUGAAAAUUUUGGCUUCAGUGAGUGUCACGGUUUGUUCCUCCGUUGCUGUGCUCACGUGGUUGUCAAUUUUUGAUGACACAAAUAUCGUCGAUAACACGAGCGAUGAUUUGUGGGUCGGAGGAAAUGUGACGAAUAAUGCAACGGAUAUUUGGGAGGAGGAAAUUGUGAGGGAAUAUGAACCGUUUGCGGGUUUGAGCAUGGAUCCGCCGCCGGCGAUUAAUUUGUUGAAGGCUUACGGGAUUAUUGCGUUUCAGUUUGAUAUUCAUCCGAUGCUGUUGACGAUUCAGGUUGACAUGAAGGAGAAACGGAAGAUUGGGAAAGCUGUUUGUUACGGGAUUUUAACAACUUGCUUCCUUUCCGCGAUGACAACCCUUCUCGCAUCCUAUCGUUACGGAAUUUUCACAACAGCGAACGUUCUCGAGUCACUUCCUCGCAGUUGGGAUCUCUAUCUCAUCAUUCUUCUCGUCACGUUGCAACUUUGUCUCAGUUCAGCAGUUGGAAGUUCAGCUCUUUUUCAACACAUCGAAGAUCUUCUCGGCGCUUCACGUGAUUUUUCCUUUAAAAGAUGCGUAAUUCGUUCAGCGCUCGUUGCUUUAGCUGUCAUUUUGGGCGAACUUUUGCCGCGAUUUGAUGUCGUAAUGGGACUCAUUGGCGGAACUCUCACAGGCCCGCUAAUUUUCAUCCUUCCGCCGUUAUUUUACACGAAAAUCCUCAAGAUGGAACGCGAAUUUGACGAAGAACGAGCCACAGUGCGAGAAUUAAGAGACGUUUCAGCUUCAACGGAUGACGAGCAAGUCUUUAAACGAGUUCAGAAAGAAGUCAAAGAGAAAUAUUCGGGAUAUGGCGCAAUAAUGUCAGUUGUUCCUGAAAUGAGUGUCGAGGAAAAUUCAAGUGUUUGGAAAUCGAGUUGCCACGCAUUUUAUAAUGUGCUGAAGAGUGAUUGUUUGUUGUCGAUUGCGGUGAUAUUUUUUGGACUCAUUGCGACUUUUACAAGUACUUAUUUUAAUGUUUUUGAUGGAUUGGAUAAUUUUGAUCAGAUUUGGUCUCCGUGCAUUUUGAAUAUUACCGAUGCACUUUCGAACUUAAGUAAUUUGUAAUUUUUUCCUAUUUAUUGAAAUUUUUUGUACGAAUAAAAUUUAAUUAUUU